AUGUCAAUUUUAAAAUCAUUAAUGUCAAUGACUGGUAAUUCAAAAUCAAUUAAUUUUUCCACAACAGUAUACGAUGGUUUAAGUACAAGUCUAGCUCAAACAUCAAAUUGUGUUGCAUUCACAUGGGAUCCUGCUUUGCCAGGUGCACCAAUUAUUGUUGAUAAAAAUGGAAAUAUUGUCGCUCUAUAUAAAAAGAAAUUCUAA